UCCCCCAAGUCUGACGCAGGCGCGGUCACGUGCUCCUGCCGCUUUGUUACACCGGGCGGGCGCGGAGGGAGCGGCCGAAGAUGAUGGAGUACCGGGCUGGUUUUCCCGGCGCCGCUUCCGAUAACGACGGCGAGGAGGAAGGCGAGGGCGGAGAAAAAUAUAGACUCCUCCCUGGGGUAGCGUGGCGGAGCCAGGUGUACAGUGGUGGUGUGGAGAGUGUUUGUCACAAGGAGCAGGAGUUGAUGAAGAAGACAGUGGAGUGCAGGUGGAGGCUGGCUGAAGCACAGCAGAGACUUUGCAAUUUGGAGCUGCACAACUCUGAGUCUUUGGAACAAGAGCGUGCCAAAGCACAGACUGAAUACUGGGAGCUGAAAAAGAAAGAGGAUGAAUGGAGGCAAAAGGAAGAAGAGCUGAUCUGGAAUGAGAGGAUGAGUUCAUGGAAUAUUGAUACAGUCAGUAAAGAGGUAUUUAAUAAGAGUGUGAUCAACAGAAGUACAAAAUGCAAAGAAGUAGAGGAAGACAAAUAUGGAAAAAAUGCAACGUUUGCACAGAAAUACGAACAACAGAUCAGGCACUUUGGCAUGUUGAAGCGUUGGAUUGACAGUCAGAGAUACUUGUCAGAUCACCCCCACCUAGUUUGUCAAGAAACUGCUAAUUAUUUGAUAAAGUGGUGCUUUCAUUUAAAAGAGGAGGAGAAACAAGCACUAAUGGAACAGGUGGCACAUCAGGCUGUCGUUAUGCAGUUCAUUAUAGAAUUGGGCAGAAGCCUUCAACAGGAUCCCCGGGGCUGCUUCCGACAGUUUUUUGAGAAAGCAAGGAUAGCCGAAGAGGGAUACAUGGACGCCUUUAACGCUGAACUAGCAGCAUUCAUCCAGCGGGUACGAGAAUUUGCAGAUACGGUGCCACUACAGAAAGCAGCCCAACACCAGAAUCACUUGGAUGCUCAUGGUCGGUGUCCUGUGGAGGUGUUCGAGUCUUUGCCACAGGAGCUCAAAUGGUGUUUCCAGUUGCAAGAUGUCCACAUUCUCCAGAAUGUGCUUAGCAACAUGAACCCUCAGUUUUAUAAGGCAGAUGAGGCACAGACAACCCCUUCCAACUUGCCUUCGUUUCAAAGCCUGACAUCAUUGGAGAGGACUAGGGACCUAUCACAUCGUUCUAUGCUGGGCAAAGCCAGAGCUUCCCAGGGGACAAAGGUUGCUGAACAAUACUUGCAGCACUAUAUUGAUGCUGGACUAAGGAUCUACAGUACUCAAGAAGCCAAAGAGGAAAGAAAUGAGGAGCCUAGAAUGGACAUAUCAUAAGUGUUUAGCAAUAAUGCUGCCUACUAGAAAUAUACAUAAACAUUUUCACUACAGUGGAAGAAAAACCGGCUAUUUUUGUAUGUAACUGGUAACUUGCCUGUUCGAAUGCUGCACUUUAUUCGUCAGGAGUGUUUUAAAAAAAAGUUUUAUUGAAACCCGAACUGUUGGCAGUAUGAAUUGGAUGCUUAAGUGUCUUGAUGCUGGCUGUUUUGGAAUACAGUACAGAAUUUGUGGAUAAAUGUUCUGUCCUUUCCCACCUGAGCUCAGACUAUGAUACCUACUGGGUAGAUUCUACAGUAAACUACAGAAGGUUUUCCCUUCAUUAUUCUGAUUAGGUUUCUUAUAGGUGUCAAGUUCCUGACAAACUGAGGCAGAGCAUCCCUGUAGGAAAUAUGUACUUAAAACCUAUGUUUUAAGAGUAAAGGGAAUUGUGCCUUUGACUUUAGCUGCAGGGCAUACAUUAUUUUUAGUGCAAGCAAUAAACGUGUUGAACAUGAAUGGAUUUCUCCCCCACCCAUCCUAAUACUUCACUAAUGUUAGUGGAAUAUUUUCACGACUAUGUUAUUGUUUAAAAUACACCAUAAUUUGGACAAAUUGGCACCUGCUUGAAGCUUUAUAAAAUAAAAAUUCAUAGGAAACCUAGGCACAUUCAAAGCAAAUCCAAAAAUAUCAACUUUCCUUGUCUCUCAGCAUUCACAUUUGAAUUUUAGGUUUGCUUGACAACUUGGCACAUCUUGAGUUUUUAUUCAGGAUAUGUUUUGGUACCCAGAGUGCUAAAAUGAUGUUCCACUUUCACGAAAACAAUGCUUUGGCUUUGGAGUCGAUGCAGUCAUGGUCUGACUGGCCCAGAAUCUGUUCACUGCUCUGGGAAAGAACAGAGGGAUGGGCUGCAUUCUUUAGAAAUGAGAACUAACUACAGUCGCGUUGGUCUGGAAGACGGUUACUGCGAUGUACACAGAAUGUGCUUCAAGGCAUUUCGAUUUGGUGUGAGUCGAUUUGAUUUCAUAUUAAAGUGUGUGUAAACACUUUCAAAUUAGCAGCACGAUAAUAAAAUAGCUGUCUGCUUCUUGAUCCAGGGUUAUCUGGAUCACAGGAGCAGGAUUAAGUAAUUAUUACAUUUUGCAAGGGCAUGGUUUACUGAAUGGUUUCCAAUCAACCUGUAAAUUACAAUGAGCCUUGUAUGUUUUGGGCCUCAAACAGUGAAAUCUUGAUAAUCAAGAUAAAAUUAAGGAGACUUCUACAUUUCUGGCUGCUUGAAGCUGCAGUGAUUUAGCAGAGGUAAUCCAUGGAAAAACACUGACAUUUUGUAUUUUUGUGAAUAAAUGUACUGGCAUUUGUGAAGAGUGUGAGUGAAACCAGUGUAAAGAUAUUGUUGAUUGGCAAACGAAACCUGUUACACAGAGGCACGGAUGUUGCCUUGUGGUGUCUGGCAAUGCAUUCUCCACUUUGAAGAGCUUGAACCUGUAAUACUGGACUGAGCUGCAUUGUAAAUUGGUGCCCAUUGACUGCAGAGACUUGAUUCCAAGUGAUCUGGUCUCUUUGUGGCUUCAUUCAGUUUUCAGUUUAAUCACCAUUUAUCAUGUAAUUGCUUGUGGAUGUUUUUUUGCCAAGUCUAUUUACAGAUCUGUAUAUAUGUGCUGCAAAACAGAAAUGAGCACCUUUCUGGUAAGAAUGCCGAGCGGUCACUUAGUUCUUGCACUGAGUUAUUUACUAUGCUUUCUAACAAGAAAACUAGUUGCUUGGUUUGAAUAAACAUGAAAAUAAGAGUUUUACCAAGACCCUUCAUUUUCCACUAAAUCACCUCUGAUCAGGAUUUUAAAUAAGAUACCAAAGAAGGGAUUAUUUGGGCAUUGAAACUGGAUUGACAUAGUUAUUUUCUCUUCCAUUAGUAUAUGGUUACAAGUAAUUCUGAAUUGCUUGGAAU